UUUUUAAAGGAAAGAUACCCCUUGAACUUCCAAAGAGCUUCAUAGAAAAAGCAAUAACCAAUAAAAACAACAAUACAAGAUUAAAAUAUCUAGCCCAGGCUACUCUCAGAUAAAAUAUUUAGGCUAUAGGCUAUUGCAGUUUUUACUUCAUGAAUCUCUUCUGCACCGUUUUUGUGUGUUUUGUUUUUCGUAUAAGAUGAGUUCCUAUGUAGCAAACUCAAUUUUUAAGCAGCAAACGCACGAGGCAUCCUCCUGUAACGCCAUGAAUAGUUUAGGCAGUUAUGGCUCUCUCUCUGACUUCGAUCAAGCCAAUUAUGCCUAUAACGGAGGUCUUCAUGAUUUCAACGGAACAUUCACCUCCUCUGAUGCCACUGUAAACUCUCUAAAACGAGAAGAGAUGAACUCUAGCCUGCGAGGCAAUACGGACACUCAAUCUCCACCACGACAGUCAUACUCAGCCUUGAGCUCCCGGAACUCCGUGCAGAACUGCCUCAGUGACGGUAUACUGAGCAAAGGGACUGAAAUGCAAAUGGAGGUGGUCGAAAACCCCAGAACUACGACCGAAGAAAGCGCGAUCAAAGUCGAAACUAUGCAACCUGUAAAACAUCAAAUCCAUUCGAAGAAGCACCAAGACAAUCAACAGCAACCGCAGAUUUUUCCCUGGAUGACAAAACUACACAUGAUCCACGAAUCAUCUGACGGUAAACGCUCUCGAACCAGUUACACCCGCUACCAGACUCUGGAGUUGGAGAAAGAAUUCCAUUUCAACCGUUACCUCGCCCGUCGCAGGCGCAUUGAGAUCGCCAAUACCCUCUGUCUGAACGAGAGGCAAAUWAAAAUUUGGUUCCAGAAUCGACGUAUGAAGUGGAAGAAGGAUUCGAAACUGAAAUCAAAGGAUUCAAUAUAAACAUGGAGUUUAUGACUGAUCUGGAGACGAACUGCUAAAAGAAGUGGGGCCUAAGCCUACCCUAAAUAGAGAGAGAGACCAUGAUUUGAAACGUGAAGGCCGUGUUCAGAAUCAGACCCUAUUAUGUGUUAUGGACUAUUACAUUAUUUGCAUAUUUCGUGUUUGGCACUUUAUAUGUGGACUUGUAUUCUUUGCUUAAUGGUUGUACAACAUUUAAGAUUAAAAAAAUAUAUAAUAAUAAAGUAAUGUGUUGUCUUAAUGUAAA